AUGUCCCAAUCAGGACAACAAGAUCAAACGUCAAGGGCUGGUCACAACCGGGGUGCCGCCCCGUCCGCCAGAAGAACCAGCGUGAUACCGACGAUACUGGACUUCGCUGCUCUGUUUCAAAAUCCAGAGUUUGCGAAGGUGUACAAACCGGCCCACAGCCGCAAUCUCAUUUCUUCUUCCAGUUCCAGAACUCUGCAUCGCCCCUCCUCUACUUCCUCCUCAAAAUUCCCCGUCGUCUCUGACCCUUUUCGGCAGAAGCGAGCAGCAACAGCGAGCCUCAUCCUUCCUACGUCGCAUCCCAGCAACAAUUCCGGCGACCUGAAGCUUCAGCUCUUCCGGCGAGAUGAGCGCAGCGACUGA